AUGAAGUUGAAAUUGAUGACAAGAAGUUCUGAGAAAUUGAAGGAUACUUUAUCUUUGAUAUCGCAUGUCCGUAAAUUUGUUAUUCUAAAAUUCACGCCAAGUGAGCUUAGUGUGAUUCUGGUUAAUGGUCAAUCUGUAAAACUGGAGCCGCAAGUAUGGUGUAAACUACCUGUUUCUGCGAUAUUUGAUACCUGUGAAAUACAGAGUGUGAGAGACAACACAAUUCUGAUGGAAAUCAAUAUAGAUUUACUUGUGCAGACGUUGAAAAACUUUGAUAAAGCAAACAGUGAAGGAUUAAAUAUACGGUUACAGCGUACGGAUACUUCUGGAGCUAAAGGCACGAGCACUACAACAGGACGAACAGCAUCAUUGGCUUUGUUUUAUUCCAAUUUGAAUAUCAAUGCCAAUAUUGUCAACCACACAUUCAGAAUACCAGUUAAGAUACUACGAGACGCACAGGAUAUGCUACAAGAGCCCACACAUUCUGACCUUGGAUUGAUAAUGAAGUUACCUAAUGAAUUUGUAACCAUGUUUAAAAGAUUGGAGAAAUUCAAAAAAGUGCCGUCCAGUGAGGCUUUUACAAUUAAAGCUAGUCGAAGAAAUGGGGGAUUUCUAGGAUUUAUAUUACAAGAAACUGGGAAAUUCAAGGUGACAAUUAGCUGGAACGAUAAAUUGGAAGUGCACAAACCAACCACCACAGAAAAUGAUUCAUUGAGAGAGACACUUCGAAAUGGACCUAGUCAAUUGGAGGAACAUGAGGAAGAUAUUAUAAAUGAUAUUGAUGAAAUUGAGGUAAACUUGAAAUUGAAAGAUUGGCAACUGGCUUCCAAAAUUGUUGGCCGAUGUCGAACAGUGAUUCUUUAUAUUGGGGAAAGAGAGUGUAGUUUACAUUGCUUGCUAGAUGAUACAGAUGAUGUUGAGAUUGUAUAUUUUAUUAAUGGUUCUAGAAUAAUACACUAA